AGCAUCGUUAACAUACUCUGUAGGGUGUAUCACCUAGACAUUUGGCUCCUGCCCUCUCAUUUAGUUUAGCUGGUGAGAUAGAGGCAGGAGAGCUGUGACACGCCAGUCCUCGGUAGGUUCUCUAAUCGACAGCCAGCCAACAUGGACCGGUCCUACAUGGGCAGUGCCACUGCUUACAGUGCCUACGGGAAGCCGCCUCAGUCCUACUUCGACCCGGCCUACGACGAGAAAGCAGCAAAGUCGUACAUGGACUCAGUGUACGAGGAGAAGAAGAGAGUAGAGAAGAAGGCCCGCUCCGAGGCCGUCUGCUGCGAGGUCGUGGCGCUGGUGUUCGGAUUCGUCGGCCUGAUCGGUGUCUCCGCGGUGACCGGCUUGCCCAUGUGGAAGGUAACGGCAUUUAUUCAGGAGAACAUCAUCGUCAUGGAGACGCGCUGGGAGGGCCUGUGGAUGAACUGCUAUAGACAAGCCAACAUCAGGAUGCAGUGUAAAGUGUACGACUCUCUGCUGUUCCUCCCUGCGGAGCUGCAGGCUGCCAGAGGCCUCAUGUGCUCCUCUGUAGCUGUAUCCGCCAUCGCCCUGAUCCUCUCUGCAGUGGGGAUGAAGUGUACCAAGGUGGUGGACCACCGGCCUCGUACCAAACACAUCGUCCUGGUGACCGGGGGAUGCCUGUUCCUCGUGGGUUGUGUCACUACCAUCAUCCCAAUCUCCUGGACGGCCAACGUGAUCAUCCGUGACUUCUACAACCCUCUGCUGAUCGACGCCCAGCGCAGGGAGCUGGGAGAGGCGCUCUACAUUGGAUGGGUGACCUCGGCUCUGCUGUUUGUGGCUGGGGUCAUACUGCUGUGUCGCCACGCACCCCGGGUAGGAGACGAUGAGAUGGAGAGGAUGGUCAACGGGCCUGGGUACAUCUACCAGCCUGGAUUGAACUACCAGCCUGGAUUGAACUACCAGCCUGGAGUGAACUACCAGCCUGGAUCAGCAUACGCGUACCAGCCGUAUUCCUACCAACCCAACUACUCAGCUCCACCCGGAUCUGUGGUCUACGCUCCUAACCAGUACAUGUGAGAGAAACCCAGCCCAGAACAACAUGGACAGCUUGAACAGCUUGGAACCAAGCAUUAAAAGUAUAAUUAAUAUAACAGAACUCAUAUCGUUACAUAGAAUAUCAUUAAUUUGAGUUAUUUGUUGAAAUGUCAGAGUGGGGAGGAAGAGACAGAGGCACUGAACUGGCCAGAAGUCUCUUGCUGGAAAUGGCCCAAUCGUUGAUUAAUUUUGUUCAGAGAGAGAGAGAGAGAGAGAGAAAAUAUCAAUAAGCAGACCUAUGUGAAAUUCCCUGUAUGUGUUGUGUCUAUGUGUUCAACUGUAGGUGGGAGUUAUGUGUUUAAUUGUGUAAAUAUACUUGUCAGGUAUGUGUAUAGUGCAAAUAUUGAACAAAUAUUGUCAUACCAAUGGCUGUGGAAUAAUGUGGUUAAGCAAAUAGGGCUUCACAAGUUUUCACUAAUAUUGACCAAACAAUUGACCAAACCCCUGUUUGUGUUUACCUGCUAUUUUCAUAUGAAAAGGUUUGUUGUUUUCAUGAUGUUUUCUGUUUUUUACAGCAAUAAAUGGCCUAAAUUGACCCCAAUUUGGUUCACAAUAAAAACAUAUAUAACUUUA